AUGCCUGAGCAUGCCUGUUACAUCUUUUUGCAGAGGAAAUCAAAGAUCUCUGCCUCUCGCAAGCUGAUGCUAAAGAGCUUGAUGGUUGCCAAGGCUAAGGAGGAGCUAGAGCAGGAGUUGGAAGAAAAAGAGGAGGAGAAGGCAAGGUACCUGGAAGAGAAAGCUCCCCCGAUACAGACCAGUGGCAUGUCUUUGGCAGAACUCCAGACAUUAUGCCAGGAGUUACAUGCCAAAAUAGACGUGGUGGAUGAGGAGCGGUACGACAUUGAAGCCAAAGUCUUGCACAACACCAGAGAGAUCAAAGAUCUAAACAUCAAGGUGCUGGACCUGCGGGGAAAGUUUAAGAGACCCAGCCUGAGGAGGGUGAGGGUGUCUGCUGAUGCCAUCCUGCGCUCCCUCCUGGGUUCCAAACACAAGGUCUCUUUGGACCUGCGGGCUAACCUCAAAUCAGUCAAGAAGGAGGACACGGAGAAGGAGAAGACGGUGGAGGUGAGUGACUGGAGGAAGAACGUGGAGGCCAUGUCCGGCAUGGAGGGACGAAAGAAGAUGUUUGAUGCUGCAAAGGGCCCCAACCAGUAAAGGGAUGGUAGCAACAGUUGGCUUUUGUUUUACAUCAAACACCACAGCAUGUCAUCUACUGCCUAAAGAAUACAGGGAGAGCCCAGGUGCAUAAAUGCCUCAGCUUUGCUUAACAAGGUCACCAAAAGAAUUUCCCAGCGCUUGUAUAUUGUUUUCCACUCUGCAUUUAGUUUUUGUCAUUUUA